AAGGCUGAUGUCAACCGCUUCUGCCGCUGCUGCCACCGGAAGUUUCAGCUGCUGCAGUUCGGCCACUGCAGUGUUUUCCAGCAUGGCACACCUCGGAUGCUCGAGCAACGUUGGCUUUGUGGGCGCCUCCAAGGAUGGGGUCCACCUUUGGUGUUUCUUCCACAGCCGUAGGAGCCUCCAUCAGGUCAGCUUUGACCAGCUCAAGCGCCUGGAGGGUCUCGAGCAGCUGUGUCAUGUCCUUGGGCGUGUUGCAAGUCAAGAUUCCGAUUUCUGCCGUCCACUCCUUAG